AUGCCAUUGAAACUGCGGCAAUUCACGCCAACCUGCCUCUCACAGAGAUCUGUGACUGACUUUCUUUUGCUAGGUCACCAUUUAGUGCCCAGGACAUCCAGCAUCAUGUCUAAUAGAUUUGUGGGCACCUGGAAACUGGUCUCCAGUGAAAACUUUGAGGAUUACAUGAAAGCUCUAGGGGUGGGGUUAGCCACCAGAAAACUGGGAAAUUUGGCCAAACCCACUGUGAUCAUCAGCAUAAAGGGUGAUAUUAUAACCAUCCGGACUGAGAGUGCCUUUAAAAAUACAGAAAUCUCUUUUAAGCUGGGCCAUGAAUUCGAAGAAACCACGGCUGAUAACAGGAAAACAAAGACUACUAUAACCUUAGACAGAGGAGCACUGAAUCAAGUCCAGAAAUGGGAUGGCAAAGAGACUACAAUAAAGAGAAAGUUGGUGGAUGGAAAAAUGGUGGUGGAAUGCAAGAUGAAAGGGGUUGUUUGCACUAGAGUCUAUGAGAAAGUGUGA